AUGAGUGGCAACAUUGGCCAGUUGCUGCACAGUCAUUUGCGCUUCUACCAGCUGCUAGGAUUGCAUGGACUGCCGCUGCCUGGUGAUGGAUGGUCUGAGAACUGGGCGAAAUGGUUUCGCCUGUUCGCUGGUUGCCUGAUGAUCGGCUUCACGGCGUUGACUGUGGUGUGCUUGACCAGCUCGGAUGUGUUUCUCUACCAGGGCGAUGCCUUUGGCUGGUUCAACGAUAUACUCAAAUACGGAUUCGCCGAGAUCGCCGUGUUCAGCAUUUAUGCAGAGACAAUUUGGCAUCCACGGCCACUGGCACGCUUUUGGCAAUUGUAUGCUACACUUGCUCCGCAGCCGGCGUCAACGUUGCGCCUACAGAUGCGUCAGCAUUGGCGCUUCCUGGUCACCUUGUAUGGCACGCUGUCGCUAGAGGGUCUGCUCGUGUGCAGUUUGGCCAGCAUGCAGGUGAUGAGCCGGCAUAUUGUGCUCUUCUGGAGCACCUUUCAGCCCUUUGUGCUCAUCGUGCAUCUGCGGAACACACAGUUUGUUCUCCAUCUGGAACUGUUGCGCCAGCAGCUGCUGCAGCUGGAGCAUGAGCUGGCCCUGCUCGCCGAGUACUCGACGUUUGCCAGUGAUGUGGCCAGUUUCGCUGGCUUCGAGGAGUAUCUGCGACGUCGCGUGCGCCACAAGCAAUUGAUCUAUGGUCGCAUCUAUGAGAUGGCCAAUUGUUUUCUGGUUGCCUUCAGGUAUUCUGUGCUCACCGUCCUGUUGAUGAUCUAUGUGCGUAUCGCUGUCGAUUGCUAUUUUAUGUACUACACGCUCUACAACAAGAUCAACAUUAUUGACUAUUAUCUACUGCUGCCGGCUGUGCUGGAGAUUCCAGCAUUUAUUUACGUCUCGCAGAGCUGCAUGCAACUCAUGCCUCGCAUUGCCCAUCAGCUGCACAGCAUAGUGAUCACGUCGCCAGCUCUUUCGCUGCAGAUCCAGAACUUUUCGCUGCAGUUGCUCCAUCAGGGUGUACGCAUCGAUUGCCUGGGCAUCACCGUUCUCGACAGCUAUCUGUUGACACGCAGUGUCACCGCGAUUUGUACAUACAUGAUUUUUACGGUGCAACUGAUGCCCAAGUUGAGUGGCACCUAUUGGUAG